GCACAUAAACAUGCACCUGAACAUCAUGCUCACCACGAACAUCAUGAGCACCAUGAGCAUCAUGAACACCAUGGGCAUGUGCACCACAAGCCAGCACACCAUGCCCACCAUAAAUAUGAACACAAGGUUCAUAAAGGACAUUACGGACAUAAGGUUCAUCACGGACACCAUCCAGUGCAUCAUGGCCAUAAAGAACACCACGGACAUGCGCACCAUGGACAUCAUGAACAUAAAGAACAUCAUGGUCAUGAGCAUCACGCACAUGAACACCACGCCCAUGAACACCAUGCGCAUGAACACCAUGCGCAUGAACAUCAUGUUCCUGAGCAUCAUGGACAUGAGCAUGAACACCAUGCACAUGAACACCACGCUCAUGAACACCACGGACAUGAACACCACGCGCAUGAACACCACGGACAUGAACACCACGGACACGAUCACCAUGCACAUGAACACCAUGGCCAUGAACACCACGGCCAUGAACACCAUGGACAUGAACAUCAUAAACAUGAGCCCCAUGCCCACGAACAUCAUGAACAUGAACAUCACGGCCAUGAACAUGAGCAUCACGGCCAUGAUCACCAUGCCCAUGAGCACCAUGGUCAUGAACAUCAUGAGCACCAUGAACAUGAACACCACGAACCCGAGCACGUUGAGCAUGAGCAUCACAGACGAGGUCAGCAUAAGUCAGCCCAUAUGAUGCAUCAUGGACUAGAGCAGCACCAUCAACAUCAGGCCCACGGGCACCAGAUGGCUCAUCAUAGAAAACCGCACCACCAUGUGGCGCAUCAUGAACAUCAUCAGCACCAUGGUUAUGGAUACGGUUAUGGGUAUAAGCCACACAAACCACACCAUGCUCAUGAAGCGCGCCAUGAACAACAGCACUUCCGAUCGGCCGUCGACAGCUAUGCGCCUGCCCCCGUUGUCCAUCACGCAACGGCGAAAUGUGGGGCAAAUGUUCUUGUUGGGUGUGCUCCGGAAGUAGCGAAGGUUCCUUGCAUCCCACUGUCGAAAGGCUACUGAACCAGUUAAUUAGAUUUUGUUUGGGAGAUGAUUGGUAAAAUAUAGGAAAAAAUU